CAUGUCUGGGUUAUGGUGGACUUGGUCUGAUUAUUGGGUUUUUUUCCCUUUCUUUCAUCCAGAUAAAGAAGAGGCAACAAGAUGUGGUGAGGUUUCUGGAAGCCAAUCGCAUAGAGUUUGAAGAAGUGGAUAUCACAAUGUCAGAGGAGAAAAGACAAUGGAUGUAUAAAAAUAUUCCUGAGGAUAGGCAGCCCGCGCAAGGCAAUCCACUGCCACCACAGAUAUUCAGUGAUGAUCGGUACUGUGGAGAUUAUGAUGGUUUUUUUGAAUCAAAGGAGAGCAACACUGUCUUCUCCUUUCUUGGACUGAAACCUACUUUGGCAUCAAAGGAGUCAGAACCCUAGAAAGUCUAUCUGAAGUAUUGACAAGCACACCUCCUGGAUGAAUGACCCUGUUCUUCAGCACACAGCAGCUUCCCUAAUGGAUCACUGUGAUAGAGCAAACAUGCAUCAUUAGUAGUAGUCUGCUUGCCAUGAGACGGUGCUCUCCAAUAAUCUGGAAUUAAUAACAUGUACAUGAAACAGGAUUAAGGCCGGGCUACUCAUCUUCCUUUUUGAAAAUACUCAUUGUUGAUGUUUCACUUUUGUCUUUGGAUUGCUUUUGCUGCUGACACUGACAUUCUAACAGACAUGUAUGUUUGAGAGUAAGGAGUGGAAGUGUAGGGCUUCUGUUGUUCAUGGAUAUACUUA